GUCUCCAGGCCAGCUGGGUUGUGAACUUCUCCUCUCUCUCUCUCUCUCUCUCUCCCCCUCCUUUGGUGGAUGAACAGUCAAAAUUAGUAGUUUUCUAAACUUGGGGAGCUCUGAAAUCGAUAAUUGAAGUAAUCAUGUAAGAAGGUCGAAGAGAGGGGAGCAAGAAAGAGGGGUUCGAGAGUGGUUUUGAUCGCUUCUGUGGGUUGGUGGUUUUAUUGAUUUGCAUAAAAAUCUUCUCUUUUUGAUGGGUUCAGAGGGAGAAGAAGCAUUGAGAAAGGAGAAAGAUGAGGCACCCAAGAGAGAGAAAUGGCUGCUCGUUCACUCAGUUUGUAUACAUAAUUAUACAAUUUGGGCUGCUUUCAGACAACACAGCAGUCUUUCUUCCGCGGGCUGUUUCUAAUUGAGCUCUCUCUCUCUCAUCUCUGUGUUUCGAACUUGACAAAGCAGAAGCAGAGAGAACUGAAAAGGGUGGUUUGAUCUGAGUAGAUCAGUAGAGAGAGAAGCUUAAGUAAUUGACUAUAUUCUGAGCGUGAUGAAGAGACUUGGCAGCUCAGAUUCUUUGGGCGCUUUCAUGUCCAUCCGUCCAACCAUCACAGAAGAGCAGAGCUCGGGAGGGAACAGCCAUGGCUACGGCAGGGAAUUCCAGUCGAUCUUGGAAGGAUUUGAUCAGGAGCAUGGCUGCGUGGAAGAGUCGGCGCAAGGCGGCGAGAAGAAGAGGCGAUUGAGCGUGGAUCAAGUGAAGGCAUUGGAGAAGAAUUUCGAAGUUGAGAACAAGCUCGAGCCCGAGAGGAAGGUGAGGCUGGCCCAAGAACUUGGGUUGCAGCCACGGCAGGUGGCCGUUUGGUUCCAGAACCGCCGCGCGCGGUGGAAAACCAAGCAGUUGGAGAGCGACUACGGCGUUCUCAAAGCCAAUUACGAGUCUCUCAAGCGCGACUACGACUCUCUCCGUCACCAGAACGAAGCUCUACUCAAACAGGUACGAGAACUGAAAUCGAAGUUGAAGGAAGAGAAGAGCGAAGAUCUAACGGCAUCCAAUUCCGAUGACAUGAAAGUCAAUACUGAAUUGGAAAGCGGCAAACAGGCCGGCGGUUCACCUUCUGGCAACAACAGCAGCAUUAUUAAUGGAGUGGUGGACGAUAACAGCGACUCGAGCGCGGUGCUGAACGAAGACAACAGCUCGAACGCGGCAGCCGCCAUGUCCUCCACCGGAGUGUCUCUCAUCCAGAACCACCACAAGUUCACGGCGGCGAGCUCGUCGUCUUCGCCGAUGCUGCUCAAGUUCGGCUGCAGUUCUGCCGCGAAUUAUUACCAGUUCUCCGAUGAUAAUGAUCAGCGGCCGCUUGUGAAGGUGGAGGAGCACAAUUUGAUCGUGGGCGACGAGGCUUGCAAUUUCUUCUGCGACGACCAAGCUCCUACCCUCCAUUGGUAUUACUCCGAUGAUCAGUGGAAGAUCUAGCAGACGAGAGAAAAACUCUGAUGAGAGCGAGCGAGCGAGAGAAAGAGAAGCUAAUAACAUAAAUAUUCUGAAAUGGAGGAUGUUAAUGAUGAUCACUGUAGAUUAUUUGAUCGUUAAUGUACAAGUUAGUGCUCGA